AUUUCGAGAUGCAUCUUCCUGUUCUCCUUCUCGCCUUUAUUGGAUUUUCAGUCGCCUAUGAUCCAUCAAGUUCUGAGCAUGAACGUUUCCGCCGACAAACUUCCGAGGAGAUGGAUGCAAUCGAAAUUGGAGUAACAUUCUUUUUGAAGCUUCGUAGUGCAAUCAAGUCUGGAGACGUUUUUAGAGUUCUUAAAUUCAUUUCUCCCCAGAAUGGUAACAGCAACAUCGACGCCAGCAAGCUCAUCCAGCAGCUCACAGGCUUCAGCCCAGGAUUCCGUGAAGGGCAUUUUGUGAAUGGAAAUCGCAACGAAGUUUCAUUGUCAUUGAUUUUUAGACCAACAAGAGUUGAAUAUCCCAUCAAAACAGGAAUUUUUGUCCUGGAACAUGGAGUGGAAACCCAUCCGAUUACUGGAAACUGGACCAUGAAGAGCAUGACGGAGCUUGCAACCAUUUACGGUUCUAAAAACUAAACAAGGCAUGACUUUGCGCUUCCAAAUGUUAUGGGAUAACUGAUGUUUUUUUUGGUUUUGUGAUUAAUAAACAAUAGCAUU